AAAAAACAUCCGAACUCCAAUACACUUACCCAACCUUGACGGAGUCCAACGCUAGCAUCUCCCUAGAAAGACCUGGAAUCAACUGUACAGAAGGAGAAGGAAACGAAAAGUCGAUAAAGAAGGGAGAGCAUGAAGUCCUUGAUUACGUAAUUCGCUACAAGGCUUGA